GCCGGUUACGUGCAUCUCAGCAGCAGCAGUGAAGGCAAAGCAAGAGUGAACGAUGGGUUUUACAUGCUAAUGCUUGUAUUUAUUUCUCCUUUUAAUAUAUCCUUUUAGGUCUGAGGUGUAUUGAGAGCAUUGUACUUUAAGAAACGUGAUGAUUGACGACUUCGAAACCCAUGCGGUCCGAUCUAGUGGAGACCUGUGGUCUGAGAUCUGCUCCAGUCUGCCAGAGCCUCAGGAACAGGAUGGUGGACAGUUUACAGACUCAUUUGAGCCUUCCUCUCCAGGAAACCCUCAAACAAACUCUCCCAGAGCUUCUUUCAGUCCCUGGGAACCAAUGGCUGACUCAGAUGUUUAUAUUGCCAGUUUAGAAAAUCGACUGAAGAGGAUCAAGGGACAGUCGAAUGAAGUAACAUCAAGGGAAAUGCUCCGCUCAUUGUCCCAGGCUAAAAAGGAAUGUUGGGAUAGAUUCCUUCAUGAUGCCCAAACCUCAGAACUGUUCCAGGAUGGGAACUUCGAUCAGAGUGCUUUGGAGCAGUUCAAGCGCUGGCUGUCUCCUGAAAGGGUGGCCAUCAAUGCAGAAGAGCUGGAGUACCUUCUCUUGCCCACACACAACAGUGAGGCUCCUGCCAGCUCGACCCAAACUGACAAGCAAAGUGAGGAGGAAGAGUGCCCGAGCCCAGAGAAAUAACCAUAUCACAGUGAUAACUGACCAGCAGUGUUAAGAGAAUUAAGCAUAUGUGGGGUCUUGUUGUGAACAGCAACUAAAUACUGCGAUCCACUUAAUGGGAUCAUUCGAUUCACAGAUUUAUAUUAAGGUGUCGUUGUGCAUGUCUCUCAGUCUGCUUUCAACUCAAGAUUCAUCAUUGUAUCUUCAUGUCUGUAGGACUGAAAGAAAUCUAUAUGUGAAUUAAAAAUAAAAUAUUUGAGAAAUUUUACUUGCCAAAUGACAUGCUCUGCAACAGCAGAAAUCAGAUUUGUUGAGAGAAGUACAAGCAUACACUACCAGUCAAAAGUUUUUGAACAGUAAGAUUUUUAAUGUUUUAUUUUUAUUUUUUUUAAAGAAGUCUCUUC